GUUCCGGUCAUCUGUCUGUUUUUUGGAAGAAAAAGCUGUCAACCCUCACAAUUUUGGCCCUUGCAAACUUCCAACAGCAAUAGCAAUAAGGCCACCAUAGAAUCAAGCCUAAGAAAACAAGUCAGUCUCAUUCAAUUUCAUUCAAAUCUCAGUGAAGUCAGAAAGUCAAGUCAGACCAUGGGUGUCUGUUGCAGCGCUCCAGCAGCGGAACUUCCAGCUGCCACUGAAGAAGAUAUCAAGCGCCUUCGAGAAAAAGGACACUUGCCAUGUCUGGCAGGACCAUCAGUUGAUUUUGAUGGAGAUAACCAGUGCCAGACUGUCUAUGUGGCGGAGUAUGAGAAUGGAACUGAAAUCACGUUUUUGUUCUUGGAUGAAGACAGGCCCAACAUGUGUGAAGAUUGCAUUUACGACACAAUCCGACGCCCCCUCUUUGGUCGCUAUUCUGAUAUCGAGAGCUUCCUCAUUAUUGACGGUGCUGCAGAAUUUCCAGGCACGUACUCUGGUGAACAGAAAUGGAAUGAAAAAGUCCCGGAACACGGUCACGCCACUGUGGAUCUCUCCAAAUUUGAAAAGAGAGAUGACACGGACCCUAUUGUGUGGGUGAAUACCUGGAACCAUCUCAUUGGAGACAAAAACAACAAUUCAGAAAUGGAAAUCACCUAUCAGAGACCCAUGAAGGCUGGAUCUGUCGAAACCAAGGAAAGCAGAGAUUUCGUAGUUCGCAUUGGCAGCCGUGCAGAAGUUGAUGCUCGCUUCACAGGAAUCAUGACCACUCUUAGUACUGUUGUCACGGAAGAAAGAUCCAUCCGACUGGGAAAGAGACUCAAUGGCCCCAAGGAAGAAGGCGAAACCAAGACCGAAACCAAGGCUGAAUAGACAGAUAUCCGUGAACACACACAACAAUCUGCAAACUGUAAUCCAAUGGGCUUCCCAGAUAUUGUACAUCUAGCUGCCUUCUCUUUCUCGCGCAUGACAUCACUUCAUUGUGACUUGUUGUGUUCUUUUAAUUCAUGUACCUUACUAGAACUAAACUUUUGGGCUGUGUCCAAAAUAGUUAACCGAGUGCUACGUGAAUGCAAGUGUUUGCUUCAUCUACUUGUUUAAUUACCUUUGCGGGCUCUAGCUACUAGGACGUUGGAAGGCAACGAGCCAAGGGCAGAACCCAAAAUGUAGUUUGUUGGGCAGAAAGGAAGACGGGACUUUGAGAAGCAUUGGACGCUGCAACCUUCGAACGGCCCACCGUUCCUUUUCUGGACUCCGGUUCAUCAGGAACUCUGAGUUUUAGGCAGGUUGGACAUCACUGUCGCGUUUGUGGGUCGCGUGAUACCGAUACGGUUAGGAUCAGCACUUGCGUCAUGAGCUUUACCGGUAUCCCUUUUGAUCAUUUUCUUCGACCAGACCUUGCCACUGUCCCGAAGCAAGUCCCGAAAGCCACGACCUGUUGCUUUGCCAUUCUUACUACCAUAGUACCCAAACAGUAACACCUGCAAUGUGUUCGGGCACACGGCCAACCCUGGUUCACUUGUAAACGUAUACAAGAGCUGGUUUCGGCGAUUCGUUCCAAACGACGGCUUUAGUUUCAGCAUUGUUUCCACCACGGCUGCUGCGCACGUCUUGUCCUCCGAUUUCGUCUUCAAAUUGUGCAAGGUUGUCUUGAGUUUGAAGAGUUCCCCAAUGACGC